AUGCCUGUCGCAGCGUUUUACCUGUUUCACCUUUCUCUCUCUCCUAUCAGCACUGAACAGCAGAAGCGACCUUGGUACCGUGCAAGUGCCUCGGCAGAGGAGAACAGGAAGGCCCGUGAGGCCUAUCGUGUUCUAAUGACUGUCACACUGAGGAAGCCGGACACCCCCGAGUAUCUCGCCUUCACCAAGGAGGUCCAGAGACGAGCCAAACAUGAUUACAACUAUACCUAUGUAUCAAAUGAGGUAGGAGAGAAACCCGUUGCCUAA